AUGAACAAUACAAAACAUAUGGAAAGGUUGGCAAGAAUCGAAGAGGUUUUGUUGAUUGCCAACAAGAAAAUUGAUAUUGAUGAGUUGCGAGCAAGUUGUAGUUAUGGUUUGUAAAAUGAUUAUCAUUAAGAAUAACAGCCAUAUAAUGAAAUAUAAUAAUUUCAGGGGUUCCUGAACAACUAAGACCAAUUGUUUGGCGACUUUUGUUGAAUUAUUUGCCAUUGGAAAGACAAAAAUGGAAAGCGCAUUUAGCUGAACAACGAGAAAAUUAUAAUAUUUUGAUAGAACAAAUCAUAGUUGAGCCCGGAACUCAAGCGAUGAAUCAAUCAAUAAAUGAUCAUGUGAGUUUUGGAUGAAAGUUUGAAAAGAUUAAAAAAUUUAUAAAAAAAUAAAAUAAACGUUUUCAAGAUAACCUAGGAAGUCCAUGCUAAUUUAGAAAAUAAAAAGUGUUGACGAUAGAUUAAAAAAAAAAACAUGUUCUGCGAUUCAACCAAAAAUUUCUUUAAAAAAAUCAAAAACCCUGAAUAAUCUUAAUAUAUCUCCUAAAUUUUCCAAAUUAAUUGCAAGAAACAAUGACUCAUAGUUUUUCUCAGAUUUGCUCUGCAAAUUUAAUCAUAACAUGUGAGAACUGAAAUCAUAAAUCACGGUUUGUUUCAUAAGUGAUUUAUCAAAACUAUAUCAAACAUAUCAGAACAACUUUUUGACUCGUCUAGGAUUUUAGAUUCUGAAAAUUUAUAUCUUCAAAUUCAUUACCGAAAAUUCAAUAUUAGAAUGACAGAUCCCUCGAAAUAUGUUCAUAUAUUUCUCACAAUCAGACACUCUUUACUCUUUUUUAUUAGUACAUCAAUGUUCUUGCAAUUUUCAACAAUAAGACAUUUUCAAAUAUCAGCGACCUUUAAACUUUUACAUGUUCGAAACCACAAAACACAUAGAUUUGAAUAGGGGUAAAAACACAAUGAUGGUAAUCACCAUAUAUAUUUUUGAUGAGUCAUAUAGAUAGUGAAUAGAAGAAUUUUUCAGCCACUUUCUGAUGCGCCAUCAAGCGAUUGGCAAGCUUUCUUUCAAGACAAUAAAGUAUUGACACAAAUCGACAAAGAUGUUCGAAGACUUUAUCCAGAAAUACAAUUUUUUCAACUUCUUUCCAAAUUUCCACACUUGCACGGCAUGAAAUAUCCACUUUCAAAAAGAGUUGUUGGCGAAGAAUUGAAUAGUCAAGAGUUUGGAACAACCAGAGAUGGUGUUAUUGGUGUGACAAAAGAUUCGAGAUCAAAUUCGACGGAUGCUUCUGCAGUUAUGAAAUCAGAGUUUCAUUGGCAUGUAAGUAUUUUUUUUUGUUAUUUAAAUUAUUCACAUUCAAAGUAAAUCAUAACGUGAAAAUAUCUGAACCCCUUCAUUAAUACUGAAAAUAACAAUGUUAUUUUAUUGUAACAUUCUUAUGUUCAAACAUCUAAAAGCAUUUACUUCUUAUUUGUGUUUUGAUUAUUCAAAUUAAAACUAAUCAAAAGCAGGUUGAUUUUUUCAUGCACACAUUAUUCAUUGUUUCUAUUCAUUAUGAAUAAUACUAAUAAUGACGAGACAAACACAGAAGAAACGAACGUGUGUUUUGGAAAUUUGAAAUUGCAAAUGUUUGAGUCAGAAGUUUUAUAAUAAGAAUGAAAUUACGGUAGUUUUUUUCUAUAUCAAUGAAAUGAAGGAUUUCUAUCUCACAUAGGAAUUUAAUGAAAAAAUAAAUUUAAUAAAAAAAUGCUUUCAUUUAAUAAUGCGAAGAUCAUUGUUUUAUUGGCCUUCAAAAAUGGAAGACGGCUCCUAACAAUCAGUGUGAAUUCAAAAAUCAUGAAUUCUAGUUGUUUUUAAAUUUAGGAACAGUCCCCGGAUGUGUUUCUUCUCCGCAUAAUAAAAUAAUUCUCUCAGAUACUGAUCUUCAAAAUUCGUAUAGCAUAAAGAACAUGAUCCAAAAACAAAUUUCUUCAAAACAACCAACAAAAAAGUGCAAUCCGGAUAAUCGAUGAUUUUCAGUCUUUUAUCUCUUAUCAACAUUAUAAAAAAAAUUUAUUGAAUAAAUUCAAUUUGCAAAAACAAAUUUCUUGGAAAUUUACGUGUAUACUGAAAAACCUUUACCCUCAUUCCAGGAACUUUUUUUCUUUUUUUCAAAUCUCACAUGGCUUUCACACUACAAACAAUUUAAUCAGAAUAGAAUAGUUAUUUGAACUUAUGCUGUUUGAUUUUUUGAUAUACAUGUGCAAAAUAGGAUAAUUAUGUGACAAACACAAAGUGGCACAAACAUUUUCAGAAAAGAAAACAUAUUUUUUCCAGAUUGUUGAGCGCAUCUUGUUCAUCUAUGCAAAACUGAAUCCGGGAGUUCAAUAUGUUCAAGGAAUGAAUGAAUUAGUUGCACCAAUUUAUUAUGUUUUUGCAUCUGAUAGUGAUGAAGAAUGGGCUGAAUUUGCUGAAGCUGAUACAUUUUUCUGUUUUCAACAAUUGAUGAGUGAAGUUAAAGAUAAUUUCAUCAAAACAUUGGAUAACAGUAUCUGUGGAAUCGGUAAGGAAUAUCUUGAACUUCUUCUAUUUUUCUCAUUUUGUUAUUUAUUAUUUUCAGAAUCUUUGAUGUCCUCAUUCCACACUCUUAUUAAUCAUUUUGACGAAGAAGUCUAUAAGCACCUCUCAACAAACCUCGAAAUCAAACCACAGGUAAUUUUUUCUUUGUUUUUCCAAAAAAAAAGUGUCUGAAAAUUUUUCACCCGUUCGUUCGUGAUCAAAAAAGUUGGGAAAAUAGGCAUACCUGAUAAAUAGUGUCGAUUGUGUUUUGGAUUGUACGUGUUAAAGAGAACAGGUGUAUUCGUGUUUUCCAAAAAAAACUUGAAAAGUACAAAGUACAAGGAAAUACUAUAAGUUUUUACAGUUCUACGCGUUUCGCUGGUUGUCAUUGUUAUUGAGUCAAGAAUUUCCACUUCCUGAUGUUAUUACUUUGUGGGAUUCGUUGUUUUCCGAUUCAAAAAGGUUGGUUGCAACUAUUCUUUCAGAAAGAUCAAGAACGUUAUGAAAUUUUGCAGAUUUUCAUUACUCCCAUAUGUUUGUCUUUCAAUGAUUGAACUUCAACGCGAAGAACUUUUGGCUGGUGAUUUCUCAUUUUGUGUCAGAUUGUUACAGGUAUGCAGUUUGGUCUUUUUUUUUCUGGAAUCAUUUUCUCCUCCCUCACCCCAUCAUUUUUUUGAUCUCUCAAAGACAUGUCACGUUUUUUGCUUUAAUGUUUACUGAACUUUUUGUCUUUUUUUGGCUCAUAGUGUCAUCAUCAGCAGUAUUUAAUGGGCCAAGAUAUGACGACAAUGUUUCAUAGUAGCAGUCCAAAAAUGGGUGAUUUUCUAUGAAUUGUUAAACACCACCAAAACAUGACGAAAGAGAUCGGAACAGUUUAAUAUAAAACAUUAAUGUCGUCCUUUUUUUGCUGAUGUUGAAGAAAGACGUCUGUGGUUGAGCAAACUACGACAUCCGGUUAUGGCGUAGCUAAAACUCAAUGUCAAGACCCAACCAAAACAUGAAUCUAAACCUAACCUCGUGGGUGUUGUCGUUUUCUAGAAAAAAAUGUACGUCAUCUCGUUCUUCUGCAAAGUGAAAAAAAGAGAGAGGUCCGUUUGAGAUCGAUGAGGCGGAAAAUGAUUUCAGAAUAUACCUUUUCCAGUAAAUGAACGUGACAUUAAAAAGUCAAAUUCUUUUUAUAGAAUUAUCCAUUUGCUGAUAUUGCCAAAAUUGUUGCAUUUGCUCAAGAUAUCAAAGAUGGAAUUGCUCCAAGAAGAUGCUCAAAAGAUUUAUCAAAAAGUAGCAAGAUUGUCAGACAUGCUAGACAAUUAUCAGACACUUUAAAGAACUUAUCAAUUAUUAAAAAAUAA